AUGGGGCCUCCUCUUUACCACCUAUCAGAUUUGGCCCUUCCCUCCUACCAAGGAGACCGCUGGUAACAUUCACAUUUUUACAUGGAAUUUUUCGAAAUAAAGGGGGCGGUAUAGGAUUCGAACCCCCGAUAUCACUGCUAAGACCCUCCGACUCGCCCACUCGAGCCGCUUAGCCCUUCUUAAAUUAGUGAUUAGGGUGCAUCAGACUUAGGUUCAGGUUUAGGAAAGUGCCUUAAUCUCUCAAAUUUGACACUUUAUAUGGAUUGGAACUAAAUUGGUGCUUAGGGUGCAUCAGACUUAGGUUCAGGUUUAGGAAAGUGCCUUAAUCUCUCAAAUUUGACACUUAGCCUGAGGAGAAACUAAAUUAGUGAUUAGGGUGCAUCAGACUUAGGUUCAGGUUUAGGAAAGUGCCUUAAUCUCUCAAAUUUGACACUUUAUAUGGAGGGAAACUAAAUUAGUGAUUAGGGUGCAUCAAACUUAGGUUCAGGUUUAGGAAAGUGCCUUAAUCUCUCAAAUUUGACACUUAACCUGAGUUAUUGCUAAAUUUCUUCUUAGGGUGUAUCAGACUUAGGUUCAUGUUUAGGAAAGUGCCUUAAUCUCUCAAAUUUGACACUUAACCUGAGGAGUAACUACAUUGAUAAUUAGGGUGCAUCUAACUUAGGUUCAGGUUUAGGAAAGUGCCUUAAUCUCUCAAAUUUGACUCUUUACCUGAAGUCUAAUUAAAUUGAUGCAAUUGGUGCAUCAGGCUUAGGUUCUGCUUUAGCAAAUUGCAUUAAUCUCUCAAAUUUGACACUUGACCUUAGUUUUAGUGAAAUUGAUGAUGAAGGUGCAUCAGGCUUAGGUACUGCUUUAGCAAAUUGCAUUAAUCUCUCAAAUUUGACACUUGACCUUAGUAACAAUUACAUUGGUGCAAUUGGUGCAUCAGGCUUAGGUUCUGCUUUAGCAAAUUGCAUAAAUCUCUCAAAUUUGAUACUUGACCUUAGUUUUAGUGAAAUUGAUGAUGAAGGUGCAUCAGGCUUAGGUACUGCUUUAGCAAAUUGCAUUAAUCUCUCAAAUUUGACACUUGACCUUAGUAACAAUUAAAUUGGCGCAAUUGGUGCAUCAGGCUUAGGUUCUGCUUUAGCAAAUUGCAUUAAUCUCUCUAAUUUGACACUUUAACUUCGGUCUAAUUAAAUUGAUGCAAUUGGUGCAUCAGGCUUAGGUUCUGCUUUAGCAAAUUGCAUUAAUCUCUCAAAUUUGACACUUGACCUUAUUUUUAGUGAAAUUGAUGAUGAAGGUGCAUCAGGCUUAGGUUCUGCUUUAGCAAAUUGCAUUAAUCUCUCAAAUUUGACACUUGACCUUAGUAAUAAUUAAAUUGGUGCAAUUGGUGUAUCAGGCUUAGUAUCUGCUUUAGCAAAUUGCAUAAAUCUCUCAAAUUUGAGACUUUACCUUUGGUAAAAACAGUUUAUUUGUUUUGGAUUUUGA